UCUAAGAAUAUCCCCAUCUCUUCCAAGGCCUCCUGGGGGCCCCUGUAGUUCCUAAGUAGGAGGUGGGUUUUCAUCUGCCUCCCUGAGGCAGCCCUGUGUUGCUUGAAGCAGCCCACCCUGGCUCUGGCCCCAGCCCUGGAGGCAAAGAGCUUCUUUUACUGGAAAUUACACCCAGAGCCCUCUCAGAGGGCUGCAGGCAGUAUUGGUGGACAAGCUUUCAACUGUCUGAGUGAUGUCGCCACACAGAGGCAGAGGGUCCAGUUACAGGGCUCUGUGGCUGAUGUGCCCUGCUGGUCCCUCCUCUUCUCUUUGGAGAACGAAUGGGACCCUGGAGUAGCUUGGAGAGUAGAAGCAAAGCGGGCAUCUGAGCUGCCGGUGGGUCAGCAGACACACUUCAGACCUUGUUACAACUUGUUUGCAAAAGAGGAUCUGGCAUUCAGAAGGGCGAGCGGCUUGUAGUAGGUCACAGGGACAGUGCAUAGCACAGCCGAGGACAGAAGCCACUGGAUCCCCAGGGCCACUGCUGUGUUAUAUGGUGGUUCUACCUCCAUUUGCCAGGGUGUGAGUACAUGAGCCCAGACUGAUGCAAGUUUUGCCUCAUAUUUAUCUAUCUCGUGUCCAUGUUAAUGGAUCUGACCUCAGCAUCCUUCUCUCUGCUUCCUCUUCUCCUCCUUCCUCCCUGUCUUUUCUCCUCUUUUCCUUCCCCCUCUUGUCCCUUCAUUUAACAGCUUCUUAGCUUGCUUUUUGUGCCAGGUCUGUACUGGGUUCCAAGGCUGCUGAGGGAGAUACGAGCCACAGUGCCUGGCAUAGGGAAGUCAUAGCUACUGCAUAAAGCAGAUACACACAUGAAAAAGACAGGCAUGGAGUGCUUUGACGGGAGGGUAGCCCUAAAUUCGUGUUAUGUCAGGAAGGGCUUCCUGGAGGAGGAGACUGGGACAACUUGGAAAACAGGCAAGUUUUCUGGGAAACAGUAGCUGGUAAGUCUCUCUUUCGGGCGGUGGGUGUGGGGUUGGUCAUGCUGACCCUGGAAGUGAAGGAAGUAAGACACAUCUGUAGGAGACAAGCCUAUGACCUUGGCAAAGAUUGAACAUUUUUACAAACAGAGUCAGUCAAUAACAAAUGAGGAAAAGAAAGGAUUUCUUCAUCUUUUAAAUGUUGUUUUCUGAUAUGAGGCAGGAGGCGGCGUUCCUCAGAUAGUUGUGUGGGCAGAGAGUGUGGGGCUAGUUACCGCCUGGCACGACUAGGCACAGCCCUCCUUAGAUUCUAGCUUUUUCAGUCUGAAAUGACUUCUCAGCACCCAAACCCCACCCUUUGGAACACCUCUGAUACCCUUAAAAAAACAAAAAAGAUGAGGGAUUCAGCCAGCUCCCCUAGUUUGGAGCCAGCAGGGCCCAAUACUGUCCUAGUUCCUGUCAGGGCUGUGCUGGGUGGGGCUCCAUGCUUUCUCACCCUGUCUGUCCGCCAGUUAGAACCGGCUUUUCAUUUCUUUUUCCAGGUGGAGGGGCUGGCCAGCGCUGGUGCUUAGUAAACCACCCUAGUCUUGUCCUUAAAAUAGCAGGCUGGGACCACUCCCUUCAGCUUUAUGUUAACCCUUUCCAAGCCUGUUCAACAGAUGGGAUGUGGUACAGGCGGAAAUCUCCAGCAGCUCAGCUUGGAAAGUGCACUUCUUCAAGUCAUGUUAAAAGGGCAGGGCCAUCCAGAUGACACUGCAUUCACAUCUGGCCUCAGCAUCCUGCUGGGUCCUCUAAGGGCAAGGAUGGGAGCUGUGGCAUCUUCCAAAGCCUAACUAAGCUACAGGUACUAGGUUGACCAUAUUCAGCACGACACUGAGCCUCAGUUACUUUUGUGCUGUGGGAACUGUCACUACCCUUCAGGUUUGGCACCUCCAGGUAAUUUCCUUUGUCCUGUAGCUCUAAAAUAAGCCCAGGGCGAAUGGUCUCAUAACUAAACUCUGUACACUUAGGGGAAUAUUUCCCCCCCUUUCCCAGUCCGAGGCCUUGAAGGGCUGGGAGUGAAGUGCACAUUUUGAAAGUGCAAUCUAACCUGAGCCUAAUCACAUGAGUUAGAUGUAAGGGCUCUUUGUAAACCGUAAAGUACAAACAAAUGUGGAAAGCCAUUAUGAGGCACUGGUCGUUUAUUUAUUCGCUCAGUUAUGUGUUGACUCAUUCUGUAAAUGUUUAUGGAGCCCUUAUGUGGGCCUGGCGUGUUUGGGGGACCCUGUGGUGAACAAAGCAGAUGAGGUCCCUGUCUGGGGGAUUGUAUUCUAGAUGGGGUAGAUUGAUGAUUCGCAGGCACUCAUAUAGGCUAAUAGGUCACCCUCCAAUGGUGGAAGGUUCCCCAAAGGAAAUAAACAAGGGUGACGUAGUAGAGAGCUUGUGUGUGUGUGGGGGGGGUGUAAUUGAGAUUGAGUGGACAGGACAGGCUGUAUUUAGGAUGGAGCCAGCCUCAGGAAGAGUUGGAAAGGGAACUUUCUUGGGUCAGGGAGUGGCUGUAGCAACAUAGGCUUGACUUGGAGAACUAACUCAAAGGCUAAGGUGACUGUGAAAUUCAGUGAGCAAGAGGUUCACAGGGUAAGGAAUAAUGGUGAGAAGUGCAAGGAACACAGGUUUUUCCCAUCAUCAUGCAUUCCUGGGGCUGUUAACAUGUGCCCCGUGUCACACUCUCUCAAUAACACCCUACACCUUCAAGUUUCUGAUUUUGCUUCUUGGAGCAAGCACAGGAAGUUAAGCUCAUAGAAGUUCUAACCAUGGCAGAGCACUCCUAGAUGCCUCUUCUCUGCUUUCUUUGGGCAGCCAUGAGACCUGUGGACUGCUUGGCAGAGAGGGAUAGUCAGUCCUCUCCUUCAGAAAGCCUGAUGUCCAGUGUGGGGUGGUGAUCAUGCAUCCAAAUUGGGGUGGAAGGGGGUCAGUCAUGGUUCUGACUUUACUUGGGAAUGAGUUUGUCUGAAGAGAACAUGGAUUACCUGGAAAUUGAGGGAGGUUAAAAAAACGACUCAGACCAGAUAAAGGUAAGGGUUUGGCUCUGACACAAAGAGUUCCAGGAUCCUCCUCUUAGGGUACAGAUUCUUCAACUUUUCUGCCAGAGGGAAGUAGCCACAAUGAACAACGCCCAUUGGAGCCCCAGUUACACUGUUUUGAUAACUUCAAGAGACCCUAUAGAUAAGCAGAGCAGUGGUGACCAAUGCCCCCAUCCCCAAGCACUUCAGAAUUCCUUCACCUUCCCCCAGACUUCGUCCCAGAAUGGGGGACUGUCUCCAGGCCUACUAACAAAGGCAACUUUAUGUUCAGAUUGCCCUCCCAAGAUGUCUCUUGUGACCACCCUGGCUGCCCAGCAGUGGGUGGACUGCCAUAGUAGUCUUGCAUGGAAUGUCAUAGGCAUCCUACAGUUAAACCCCACACACUUAUUAAUGCAUAGGACCAAAAACAUGCCAGAGAGGCCACAUAAAAGUUAGCUUUGUGCCCACAGAGGCUGUGCUUGGAAGAGAGUUGCGGGACAUUGUCUCGAGCAGAUGGAUUGGAUGUCACCUUGAGAUCUCAGGCUCUCUGAAAAGAUGAGAGGGAGAAAGACAUGUUGGCCACAUGAUAAUGAGCACACAUAUUUCCUAAGACUGGGUUUCAAUGUGCUUCAUGGAAGUUAAGUAGCUGGUUGUAAAUGGAGCAUGCUCAGAAUCUUAUGGAAUACCUAUGACUCCUCCACAGCUAGCCAUCCCUUCUGGAGGGUAGGGCUGGGGCCCGAGAAUUCCUACAGUCAGUUCAUCUGUUAGGGAAUGUCUAGUACAGGAUGGGAGAGGGGCUGGGUUGUGAGUCAGGCACGCCUUGUUUAGAGCCCCCAUGUGGUAGUUUGUAAGCCAUGACCUUGGAGAAGGUCCUUGUCCUUGCUGAUCUAAUGCAUAGCUGUGACUCAAGGCAACCAAACACAGCAGAGUGAGGAAAUGUGCAGUGAGCUUUUGAGUGGUGUUUUUCGUGACGUGGUUAUGACAGUACUUACUUGCAGGUAGGAUCACAUGGUGAUAAUUUUAUCUUGUUCACUUGCAUUUUUCCUUUGUUUUGUUUUGUUCAAUCCAGUGCUGGGGAAUCUAACUCAAAGUCUUACACAUGCUAGGCACGUGCAUGACCAUGGUACUGUGAUGAAUGUGUGAACCUCCUGCCUCAGCCUCUUGAGUAGUUGGGGACUCAGGUGCAUGGUCAUCAGGACUGCUGUGCAGCAACAUUUAUGGAAAAUUCCUGACAGGUGCCAAUCUCUGGUCUAUAGCCCUCUUGUCUUUCUAAUCAUACGUUGGCUGCCUGUGAAUGUCCAGGACACUCAGGUGACAAAAGAGUCUCACUGUGCUCUAGAAAGGGCCUGCCCAGAUGGCAGACUUUAUUCUGAGGCUCAGUUCUCAGCCUUGCCAUCCCCUGUUUGGGCCAAGUCCUUCAUGUGGAGAUGUCAGAUGGCUCUAGCUGGGAGUAUUUACACAGAUCCGUGCCAGGCCGGACUCACUUACCCAGAGUCACCUGUCCAGAGCAGGUGGCAGCAUCCGAUAGGGUGUGCCAUCCCUCUGAGCUGGGAUGUGACUCAGGGCUGGUCUCAGUAUGACAGAGGAGUACUCCCCACUUAGUCCAAUCAGAGCCUGGGGCCCUGGCAGCGCAGACUACUGUGUGCUCUGGUCUCUGCAAUUGCAGAAAGCAGCAAAGGCAGUGACAUCUCGAAGGGCUGUACCAGGAGGGUCAGGGACCCAUGCAGCAGCAGCUAAGCCUAGUUCAUCUACCACUCACCGGCCAAGGCCUGGAGAACAGGAGAGGAAGAAGCGUGGCCUCACUUCCUCUCUGAGGAUGGAGCCCCACAGCCACUCUGGAAAGAGCCGGAAAUCCACGAAAUUUCGCUCCAUUUCCCGUUCCCUGAUCCUCUGUAACGCCAAGACCAGUGAUGACAGCUCCAGCCCUGAUGAGAAGUACCCCGACCCUUUUGAGACUUCACUGUGCCAGGACAAGGAGGGCUUCUUUCACUCCUCCAUGCAGCUGGCAGACACAUCUGAGGCUGGGCUCAGCAACAUACCAGACCUGGCACUGGCCUCAGAGGCUGCUCAACUCCAAGCAGCUGGGAGCGAUCGGGGCAAGCACUGCAGGAAGAUGUUCUUCCUGAAGGAAUCUUCUACAACUUCCUCUAAAGAAAAGGCUGGAAAAUCAGAAGCACAAAGUAGCAACUUCCUGUUUCCUAAAGCCUGCCACCAAAGGACACGCAGCAACUCCACCAGUGUUAAUCCCUACAGUGCCAGAGAAAUGGAUUUUCCAAUGACCAAGAAAUCUGCAGCUCCCACCGACAGGCAGCCCUACUCUCUCUGUAGCAACAGGAAGUCCCUCUCUCAACAACUGGACUACCCAGUUUCGGGCACUGCAAGACCAACUCGGUCACUGAGCACAGCUCAGCUCGGGCAGCUGUCUGGGGGUCUGCAGGCGUCAGUCAUUUCCAACAUAGUGCUGAUGAAGGGCCAGGCAAAGGGCCUGGGCUUCAGCAUUGUUGGGGGAAAGGACAGUAUUUACGGCCCUAUUGGGAUUUACGUGAAGAGCAUCUUUGCAGGGGGAGCAGCUGCAGCCGACGGGCGGCUUCAGGAAGGUGAUGAAAUUCUGGAACUCAAUGGUGAAUCAAUAGCUGGCCUAACACACCAGGAUGCUUUGCAGAAGUUUAAGCAAGCCAAGAAGGGACUGCUGACCCUGACAGUGAGGACGCGCCUGACAACACCCCCUUCACUAUGCAGCCACCUGUCUCCCCCGCUGUGCCGCUCCCUGAGCUCCAGCACGUGCGGUGCCCAGGACAGCAGCCCCUUCUCCUUGGAAAGCCCAGCGUCUCCUGCCAGCACUGCCAAACCCAACUACAGAAUCAUGGUGGAGGUGUCACUGAAGAAAGAGGCAGGUGUUGGCCUGGGCAUUGGCCUGUGCAGCAUCCCCUACUUCCAGUGCAUUUCGGGCGUCUUCAUUCACACGCUGUCACCAGGAUCCGUGGCGCAUCUCGAUGGACGGCUGAGGUGUGGUGAUGAGAUUGUGGAAAUCAAUGAUUCUCCAGUGCACUGCAUGACCCUCAAUGAAGUCUACACAAUCCUGAGCCACUGUGACCCUGGCCCAGUUCCCAUCAUCGUUAGCCGACAUCCGGACCCACAGGUGUCUGAACAACAACUCAAGGAAGCUGUGGCUCAGGCAGUGGAAGGCGUCAAGUUUGGGAAGGAAAGGCACCAGUGGAGCUUGGAAGGUGUCAAAAGGCUGGAGAGCAGUUGGCAUGGGCGGCCCACCUUGGAGAAAGAACGUGAGAAGCACUCAGCGCCCCCGCAUCGAAGGGCCCAGAAGAUCAUGGUCCGAUCCAGCAGUGACAGCAGCUACAUGUCUGGGUCACCAGGGGGAAGUCCCUGCAGUGCAGGAAACCAGAGAGCUGCUGCCACUGCUGCUACAGGAAGACACUGCAGGGAGAACCCUCUGCACCGCUGCUUGCUGCCCAGGACCUGCAGCCAGCACGCAGACUUCAUCCUCCACAGAAGGAGAGCCAAGGAGGAGUGCCAGCCCAGAGACUCCAGCAUCCCCAGGAAAACACCCGCUGCUGAAGAGGCAGGCGCGGAUGGACUAUAGCUUUGACAGCACCACUGAAGACCCUUGGGUUAGAAUUUCCGACUGCAUCAAAAACCUAUUUAGCCCUAUCAUGAGUGAGAACCAUAGCCAUAUGCCACUACAGCCCAAUGCCAGCCUUGGUGAAGAGGACGGGACACAGGGCCACCCAGAGGGGGGCCUGUCAAAAAUGGACACUGCCAAUGGUGCUCCCAGGAUUUUCAAGUCAGCAGAUGGCAGCACUGUGAAGAAGGGACCCCCAGUAGCCCCAAAGCCAGCCUGGUUUCGGCAGAGCUUGAAAGGUCUGAGGAAUCGUGUUCCAGAAACCAGAAGAGCCCCGGAAGUAGCUUCAGCCAUUCAGACAACACCAGUUUCUAGGGAUGCCUCAGGGCCACAGUCUCAGGCCUCCUCCUCCUCCAUCCGGCAGAGAAUCAGCUCCUUUGAAAACUUUGGCUCCUCACAAUUGCCAGAUAGAGGAGUCCAGAGACUGAGCCUGCAGCCCACCUCUGGGGAGACUACCAGACUUCCAGGAAAGCAAGAUGAAGGACGGUUUUCUGGUCUCCCGGCUCAAGGGACUAAAGUAACUGCUAAACACAGGCAGACAGAGGUAGAGCCUCCAUCUACAACCUUCCCUAACUCCUCAGAGGUCGGGGACCCAGAUAUGUCUGAGUCUCCUCCCCCAGGUCAGCGACCCAACCCGAAAGCUUUGUCUCCAGACCCUCUCUUGAGACUGUUGACUACACAAACUGAGGAUACUCAAGGACCAGGUUUCAAGAUGCCAAGUCAGCGGGCACGGAGCUUCCCCCUGACCAGGACCCAGUCCUACGAGACAAAGCUGCUGGAUGAAAAGUCCAGCAAGCUCUACUCCAUUAGCAGUCAGCUAUCCUCUGCUGUCAUGAAAUCCCUGCUGUGCCUUCCAUCUUCAGCCUCUUGUGGCCAGAUCACGUGCAUCCCCAAGGAGAGGGUGUCUCCAAAGUCACCCUGCAACAACAGCGCAGCUGCAGAGGGUUUUGGUGAAGCUGUGGCCUCCGACACAGGGUUUUCUCUCAA